CACCGCCGUCCCGCAUAAACCAAUUACACCGCUUUGCAAAUAAAGAGACGCCCCAGGGGAGUUGCAAGCCGAGUGGAACUGCCUGCUUUGCAGGUGCAUCUGCGGCUUGGUAGGUGCGAACGUCUUUGUGCGGCGGACAAAUGGGGAGGGGAGGAGGAGGAGGAAGAGGAGGAGGAGGAGAAGGAGGUGGGCGCUGCUUUGGCGGCGGCAGCGGCGGCGGCGGCUGGUGCAACGUAAGAUCCACCUCAGCUCAACUCCGCUCACAUCCCAGCCGGCACUUCCUCACUUUCUCGAGUGGCUCGCCGCCACCCAACGUCCCUGCUUGACUGAGCCCUCCCCGGGGGCCGGCUUCUGCUAGACUCGGGGGGGCUCCGUUUUCCUGACCUCCCUCGCGCUCGCCAAGAGGGGACUGAAUGGUUACACCGCGCACGUUGACCUCCAGGAUGUUAGGGACUGUGAAAAUGGAAGGGCACGACGCAAGCGAGUGGAACAGUUACUACGCCGAGACCCAGGAGCAACCGACAGUGCGGAAACUAGUAUCCAUUUGGAAAGCGUGGGGAUAAAAGCUGGGCAUUGCUUUUCUGCGGAAUCUCGCGCUUCAGAAGGCUGGGUUCGCUCACCUUUUCUCCUUGCAACACAAGGAUGAGCUGGAAAGGCCUAUUCGACGGUGCCAGUGAGCAACAUGAAUUCCGGCCUGGGCUCCAUGAAUUCCAUGAACAGCUACAUGAGCAUGAACGCCAUGACCACCAGCGGCAAUAUGACGUCGGGUUCCUUCAAUAUGUCCUAUGCCAACCCGAGCCUGGGGGCCGGCUUGAGCCCCGGCGGAACCGGAGCCAGCAUGAACAGUAUGUCAGCCAUGGGGUCGGCCCUGAGUCCCGGGGGCAUGAACGCCAUGGGCGGCCCGCAGGCUUCGCUGAACGGACUGGGCGCCUACGGGGCCAUGGGACCCUGCAUGAGCCCCAUGGGCUACGCCUCCUCCAACCUGAGCCGCGGCCGCGACGCCAAGAGCUUCAAGCGCAGCUACCCGCACGCCAAGCCGCCCUACUCGUACAUCUCGCUCAUCACCAUGGCCAUCCAGCAGGCGCCCAGCAAGAUGCUGACGCUGAGCGAGAUCUACCAGUGGAUCAUGGACCUCUUCCCUUACUACCGCCAAAACCAGCAGCGCUGGCAGAACUCGAUCCGCCACUCGCUUUCCUUCAACGACUGCUUCGUCAAGGUCGCCCGCUCGCCGGACAAGCCGGGCAAAGGCUCUUACUGGACGCUGCACCCGGACUCGGGCAACAUGUUCGAGAACGGCUGCUACCUCCGGCGCCAGAAGCGCUUCAAGUGCGAAAAGCAAGCCGGGGCCAAGGGCGGCUCGGGCGGAGGCGAGGGAAGGAAAGACCCGGGCGGGGCCAGCUCUCCCUUGCACCGAGGCCAAGGCAAAGGAGGGCAGCUGGAGGCCGCCCCGUCCAGCCACAGCGCCGGCAGCCCGCAAGCCCUGGACCAAAACGGGAACGGAGCCGAGCUGAAGCCCUCCGUGGCCGCGGCGGCGGCUGCAGUAGCAGCCUCGGUCCCCGGCGGGCCCGCCUUGGCCCCCUUGAGUCACCCGGGCCACGCGCUGGGACCCCACGAGCCGCAGCUGCACCUGAAGGGCGACCCCCACUAUUCUUUCAACCACCCCUUCUCCAUCAACAACCUCAUGUCCUCCUCCGAACAGCAGCACAAGCUGGACUUCAAAGCCUACGAGCAAGCGCUGCAAUAUUCCUCCUACGGGGCCUGCCUGCCUGGCGGGUUGCCCCUCAGCAGCGCUUCCAUGGGCGGGAGGGGAGCCAUUGAGCCCUCGGCCCUGGAGCCCUCCUACUACCAAGGUGUGUAUUCCAGACCGGUGCUGAACACCUCUUAGCCGGCCGGGUGGGACUGGAGGGUCAAGCGAGCGGAAUCCUCCCUCCCUCCCGCCCUCGUCUGCGUCUCUCCUUAGAUCUCUGCCCAAACUGGCCGUCCGCUUGCCUCCCCCCCCCCUCCAGCCCGCGAUCCGUGCCACGGAAAACCGAAAGGCAAACGAAUCACACAGUAAGCGAAAGGACUGUUACUUUAUUCCCGGGGCGGCUCGGAUAAGGCACGCCGCCCGUGCGUCCCGUUUCUCCGGUUUCGGCUUGACCAGUCCAGCAGAUCCCAGCCCGGCUCUCCUAGACGAGCCCUGUAUAUGUAUAUAUGUAUAUGUAUAUGUAUAUGUAUAUGUAUAUGUAUAUGUAUAUGUAUAUGUAUAUGUAUAUGUAUAUGUAUAUGUAUCUAUACAUACCUCCCUUGCUUGACCAUUGAACCAAGCAAGCGAGGCUUCCAUUUUGAAACUCAUAAUUGGUUGCGUUUCCCCUCCUUGGAAGCAAUCUUGCCAAAAUUGGGUGGGGCGGGGGAUUUUUCAAUAGGAAAAGGGUUGCUUGGGAAAAGCCGAAUCUGGACCCUGGAAGCCCGCGCCGCUCUCCUCCGGGCGUGGGUGGCUUCUGGGAAGCCUCUGCGUUGGGGGAGAGUGGGGGUAUUUCCCAGCCCCGAGAAUGGAUGCAGUAAGUCGAAGUUGAGCCCGGACUUACUGGCCUGCGUGUAGCUCUUCCCGGUCAAGAGGUGGAGAGUUGACAUUAGGUUAGGAAUCCGGCCCUUUGAAGGAUGCAGCGCAGAGAGGGAGAACUUGCCCCCGUUUUGAGACUUAGGGAAAGGGCGUUCGUUUCACGCGCUGCUGGACUUGCCCCAUCCCCUCCCCCGCAGACACACUGACCCCAAGGAAGCACGGGUGACAGGUCCCGAACACCCCUCCCCCCCUUGCCUUGUAAAGGGACAGAGCACAGAUGGCAAGUGGAAGAGAGAAAAGGGGUCUCCUGCAUUUCCAAUGGGAUCUGGAUAGGAUACAGAACUGUACAGGUCACACAGCCUUUUAAGGCAUGUUACUAUUAUUUCAGCUCCCCUCCCCUCCCUCCACUUCCCACAAGCUGCUACUAAGGAGUCUCCUUCAGCAUCAGGAAAUCCCUUGACUACAUGGAUGACUUGGUUAUUUAAUCUCGGAGCUUCCCCCACCCCACCCCACCCCACCCCCUCCGUGGGUUCCAGAACUCUAGGACUAUUAUUGUUCGAGUCCUGCGUGGAAGAAUAUUCUGAACUGGGAGAUGCUCCGAGGCUGCUUUCAUCAGAUCAUUCACCACCUUCCUGAAUUUUUUUUUUUUGAGGUCGCUUAAUUCUAUCCUACAGUUUGUUAGCACGUUCAUCCAGUGUUAAUGCACUUUCUUCAGUUUUUACAUGAUGUUUCAGCGUAGCCAGACGGGUUUCUCCCCUUCCCCUUUUUGGUUCCCGUCCUCCCCCCCCCUCCAUUUGCCUUUACAAUAUUCUUAAUUUAUUUGCACGGUUUAUACUUUCUUCUUGACAGCUUGAAAGUGCUUUAAAUAAACGGUUUUAAA